AUGUCUCUUCCUUCCGCCGACGAAUUGGAGCAGCUUCAGGAGAUUGAGAAGCAAUGGGCUGUCAAGGCUAUGCACCACGCCGAAACCUAUUUCUCACUUCUCGAGGCUAUGGAUGGUUCCAAGCUCAAAUUGACAAAGAUCGACGAUGAGAUCUAUGCUGAUUUUAUUGCUACAUUCGGCUCCGACUUCAAGAUUGAUGUCCUGGACGAGGCUAAGGACUUCAAGUCUCCCGAGAUGAAAGAGAAGUGGCGCGCCUUUAUCAACAGGUAUGAUGGAGGCAAGGUCACCGACUACAACUUUGGCUCGCUCCUCAGGAUCGAUGCCAGCAAGGGAUACUCUGAAGACAACACCAUGUUCGUGACCCGUAUGCAGUUCCUGACAAUCGAGAUCGCUCGCAACAAGGCAGGACUUAAC